GGGCUGCCGCUUUUAGCAGCUGAAAGGGCUGCAGGGAGCUCUGGGUAAGACGUUUUCUACCGCUGCUGGUGCUGCCGCCGCCGCUGCUUGCCGCCGCCGCCGCUGGCGGUUCUGCAGUGUUAGCUGCUGGAGAGAAUCAGAGGAGGAAGGGAGGGAGGUUGGAGGGAGGAGGUCCGGUUGCAGCCAUGCUGAAUCACUGUCCCUGAUUCGAUCCCCUUGCAACCUGGACUUCCACUCCCUUUCUCUCUCUCUGCUGGCUGCCUGGGAACCGCGGGCGGAUCGGACCUGCGAGCGGGGCUGGGAGCCGGGCUCGGUGCCGGAGUCCCGCCGCCGCGGGAGCUGUGCACAAUGGAGGGGGAAAGCAUCAAGCCAAGUUCCCAGUCCCUGGUGGAAGGUGAGGACGAAGAGAAGGACCAGAGGACGAUCACAGUCAACCCUGCCCACAUGGGGAAGGCAUUCAAGGUUAUGAAUGAACUGCGGAGUAAGCAGCUGUUAUGUGACGUGAUGAUUGUGGCUGAAGAUGUCGAGAUCGAAGCUCACCGGGUGGUGCUGGCCGCCUGCAGCCCCUACUUCUGUGCAAUGUUUACAGGUGACAUGAGUGAAAGCAAAGCCAAGAAGAUUGAAAUCAAAGAUGUGGAUGGGCAGACGCUGAGUAAGCUGAUCGACUACAUCUAUACAGCUGAGAUUGAGGUGACAGAAGAAAAUGUCCAGGUGCUGCUGCCGGCAGCCAGUUUGUUACAACUAAUGGAUGUCCGGCAAAAUUGCUGUGAUUUUCUCCAGUCUCAGUUACAUCCUACCAACUGCCUUGGCAUCAGAGCAUUUGCAGAUGUGCACACCUGCACGGAACUCCUGCAGCAGGCCAAUGCUUAUGCAGAGCAGCAUUUCCCAGAGGUGAUGCUUGGGGAAGAAUUUCUAAGCCUUAAUCUGGACCAGGUGUGUAGCUUAAUAUCCAGUGACAAGCUUACAGUUUCUUCGGAAGAAAAGGUUUUUGAAGCUGUGAUUUCCUGGAUAAAUUAUGAGAAAGGAACCCGCUUGGAACACAUGGCUAAGCUGAUGGAACAUGUCCGUCUCCCCCUCUUACCAAGGGACUAUCUGGUGCAGACCGUUGAAGAAGAAGCUUUGAUAAAGAACAACAACACGUGUAAAGACUUCCUUAUUGAAGCUAUGAAGUACCACCUGUUGCCUUUGGAUCAAAGGCUGUUGAUAAAAAACCCAAGGACUAAGCCAAGGACUCCGGUCAGCCUGCCCAAGGUUAUGAUUGUGGUGGGCGGCCAAGCCCCCAAAGCUAUCCGGAGCGUUGAAUGUUACGAUUUUGAGGAGGACAGAUGGGAUCAGAUCGCAGAACUUCCUUCAAGGAGAUGCAGAGCAGGGGUGGUGUUCAUGGCUGGAAGCGUUUACGCUGUGGGGGGCUUUAAUGGCUCCCUUCGUGUCCGGACGGUUGACGUGUAUGAUGGUGUGAAGGACCAGUGGACGUCCAUCGCCAGCAUGCAGGAGCGCCGGAGCACACUAGGCGCAGCUGUGCUCAAUGAGCUCCUCUAUGCCGUGGGGGGGUUCGAUGGGAGCACAGGUCUUGCAUCAGUGGAAGCCUACAGCUACAAAACCAAUGAGUGGUUCUUCGUGGCACCUAUGAACACAAGGAGAAGCAGUGUGGGAGUGGGUGUUGUGGAAGGAAAGCUGUAUGCCGUUGGAGGGUAUGAUGGGGCUUCCCGCCAGUGCCUCAGCACCGUGGAACAAUACAACCCAGCCACCAACGAAUGGACGUACGUGGCAGAUAUGAGCACACGUCGCAGUGGUGCAGGGGUUGGAGUACUCAGUGGGCAGCUGUAUGCCACGGGUGGGCAUGACGGCCCCUUGGUGAGGAAGAGUGUGGAGGUCUACGAUCCUGGGACAAAUACCUGGAAGCAAGUUGCAGAUAUGAACAUGUGCCGGCGAAAUGCAGGUGUAUGUGCGGUGAAUGGGCUCUUGUACGUGGUGGGAGGUGAUGAUGGUUCCUGCAAUCUGGCAUCCGUGGAGUACUACAACCCUGUCAGCGACAAGUGGACGCUACUGCCGACAAACAUGAGCACGGGGAGGAGUUACGCAGGUGUUGCUGUGAUUCAUAAGCCAUUAUGACAAAAAUUCGCCCUACCAAGAGGUGGAGGACGGGAGGGAAUGCUGCUUGGGUUUCAGAACACUCUGGACAAGAACUGACCUGUUCCAGCUCGUCAGGAUGUCAAGAAGCCUGCCUCUGCUCCGGCUUGGCUCUGAGGAGUGACACAGUGUGAGAACCCUCUCCCCUCUGCCCCACCUCCCCCAUAAGGCCCAUCCUCCACCUCACCUUGUGCAUUUUUUUCCACUUUGUGCAAUGAACUGUCCCCUGUCCCCUGCCCCACAAGUGGCCUCCAAAGAAGGGCCUACUGUGUUUUUUAUAUUUCCACAAUGGCACCGGAGAAACUGUAAUUCUUCUGUGUAAACACCAUGCUUUAACAAGUAGGUGGGUAGAAAGUCUACUGGAUUUCUUUACUACUGAUGUUUCAAAUAUGUUCAAACUCAAGGGAUGGGAAAUGCCUGCUCUGGCCUCACUCCAUCGGUUCAAUUGGAAGUGACCCCAUGACUCCGAAGAGAUUGUCUUCCAGAGGCAGAAUCAGGUGACCAAUUGUCUCCUGAGGAAAACUGGGGAAAUGGGAUGCUCCGUCAGACGGAACUGAGGGCCAGGCAGGCUUCCAUUGACUGUGUAUAUGUACAUUACUUGCCUACUGUAAAUUUAUUCUGUAGAAGAACUGUGGCGUUUUUGGAGCUAGAUUGUGCCCUUUCUUUGCUAGUCAGUAUGAUUGUGUUCACAAGCCACACCUCAGCAGAGCACUGAAGGCACCCUAGGAGGGGGUCUUCGCUGCCUAAGAAACCCCUAAAUCAAUGCUGGAAACCCCUAAAGCAAUGUUGCCUCAAUGUCUUGGUUUUUUGUUACUUAUUUUAAAUAGGGGAAAAUGAAAACACACACACACACACACACACACACUCACACUCGCUCACUCGCUCUCACACACACCCUGACCAUAUGAAUUGGCCUCUUGCCUUCUUGGGGGUUUCCUGAUGCACAUGAAAAGAUUCUAGAAAAUGGUGUGACCUCAACUACAGAGCCAGGUUUCAAGACUGUCUAAAACCGCGAAGGUGUGUUUCACCUCUGGGUGCCAGCUUGGUGCCAUAAGGAGCCUGCUGUUGGGUCCUGAUGCGCUUUACAAUCUCCUAACUGUGGGAUGUGACUCCAGCUGGGACCAAAUCCAGAUCUAGAUUUACAGUGCCUCUGUACAUAUAUACCAUAGCUGUAGGCUAAGACCCCAGGGUACCUCAGCCAUGGAUGCUUCCCUAACCUGUGUCCAAUGACCUUCCACGGGGGGUCCCCAGGGUCUCAGUUUAUCUGUCACCAAAACUCCCAGAAGGCAGAUGCUGACACUCAGUCCCCUGGCAGCUUUUGGAAAUCACUGGGGGUUCUAGGUUUUGGGGGAUUGCACAUGUGUCUCUUCUUCCAGGAAAAGCAGCUUUUUAAAAUGAAUAGAAAGAACAUGGGAAGAAACCAAGGUGACAGGCACCCAAUCUUUGUCCAUCAUGGCUUCAGAGAUAAAAGGGGGUGGACGUCUCCCCUGGGGAUCAGAAGAAGGUGGGCAGCUUCGGGCUAAUAUGCCAGUCGGGGCUAGCCCUGGGCAUGACACUGGCCAAGUUGGUCGUAACUCCUGCUUUCCCUUUCCACAUUUCUGUGCCUCCUUCCCUCUCCUCACUCAGGCUUCUGUUGCUGCCUGAACUUCCUUGUAAAUAAAGGAGUCAGAGGGGUUUAGGGUCUUCAUGUGUGACCCUUCCUGAGGCACUGGCACUUUAAGAAAUGGGAAUGCUUAACCCCAAAGGAAUAAAUCACUAAUGAUUGAAUUUUAGGCAUCAGUUGGGGAGGUGCUUUUGUCUUUGGAAUUCCUCAUAUCACACCCAAAUAGACAGCUGCCUACUUUACCUACACAUUUAAAGCCAACCUGAUGCCAGCAUUUGGCUUCUUUUUCCUGUAGAAUCUUUGGAGCCAAAUGACACUUCAGGGCACGAUCAAUAUAGGCCCAAGAAACCUGGUAUAGCCAUGGUUAUUUCAAAAAACCCCAGAUACUGCUGAAAGUACUGUCUAUAGGUCUUUAAAAACACUGGGACCACACUGGUCAAUCAGUCAAUAUGAAGCACUUCCUGUGUAUACCAACAGCCUCAGAGAGGAGCUCACGUCUUGUUCCCCACCCUUUGCCAGUAUCAGAUCUCCUGAUGCUAGGCAGAUAGUUUCUUGGGAGCAAAAUAGCACCUCCGUAGGGCAUGUAUGUUUUGCCCAUAAUUCCUGCCAGCUGCACUGCAAAGCCUCAAAUAUCUGGCCAUACUGUUUGGGGGACAAAUGGCUGUAUAAUAAGAGGGAUCAAAAUGUGUUUCUGAUUGGGUGCUUCAGUGGGUAAGACUGGUGCUCUUGACAUCUCAGCCUAGGCUGUUGGGAUGUGAAUUGAAGGAAGGGGUGUUUGUGAUAGAUGCUCCCCACCCCAUCCUUUUGCCCCAAAUGGGUGAAUGGGGUGUCCAUAUUAUGAGAAAUGGGGGAUGGCAAUAACUUCAUUACAUUAUAGAUUCCAGGUCCUGGUUUAAGACAAAAGGUGAAUUCCAUUUCCAGGUCAUCAUCCAUAAAUAGGCCCGCUUGCUUAAAGCAAACCAUCGCUGUUUUCUGCUUCUUGGAUUUUGCUUUUGAUUCUGCUUCCUAGGAUUCCCCUGUGCCAGGGAGCACUGCCCCUGUUUAUCUGUGGGGUCAAUGGAAUGACGUGCAUUUCAUCUCCAUGUGUGUUUCUGUGGGGUCUAGAACACUGGUGCGUCAUCACCCAGAGGCUGGUCUGCUUGUAGCUGCAGCCAGGUGAGAAUCAGCCCAAUAGGAAACCUGUGGAUCAGGCAUGAGGAUUUUAUCUCAGCCUUGAUGCACUGGCACAGUAGGCAUCUCAGGCAGUUAACACAGGCCUGUGAAGGCUAAAACCCUUCUAGGAUGGGGUAGCACGGCCAGAGAGUAUAAUACUGCAAGCCUGUUGGCAGCAAAGAAAUGGAAUUGAAACCCAAAGUACAAAGAAAACCACCAGAUCCUGAGCAAGCAACUUAGACCUGGCUCGGAUGCUGAUUGGGAAGUGGAGAUUGGCCUCUGGGUUCCAAAGGUCUUUCUAAUUAGUGACCAGUGGUAUCUCUCCUUUAUCUAAAAGGUUGCAGUGUUAAGUCAAGCAACACAACCUCCUUUUCUGCUAUGCAAUGUGAACACCUGACAAGUCCGUGACAGACCAGUCGCAAUAUCCCCCCUUCCCACGUUGCUUUUUGAGGUGUCUUUCUCCGAUAUUUGUUGUGUAAUGUUUGUACAUUUCUGAGCCAGAUCCUUUUCAAAGAUUGCCUUUUUAUAGAAUUGAAGCUAUAGCUUUUGGGGCUAAAAUUUUAAUGUAGAUAUUUUUAUAAGAUAAUUUUGAAGACUUUUUGAAUCACUUUUUAUUGGCUUUGUGGUUGAAAGUUGAAGUUCCUUGCGUGACUCGUGUCUCAACCCUGCUUACCCCUAUAGCCGUUCACCCUGUGUUUUCAAUUCAGAAAAUCAGAUUCAAUUCUGGCAGGCAGCCCCCCUCUCUGUCCUUGUUCCGUUUUGCUUUUUCUUAUGGAACAUUAAAUAGACACUUCUUAAUUGGAAAAAAAAAUAAUGAGCUAUAUGUUUAUAUUUCUGAGGAAGCUUUGGAUACGAUCACUAAACUUUAUCAUUCGAUUUUCAUUUCACUGUUUAUAUUGCUUGUUUACUUUAAUGCAGCCAGUCUCCUCUCUGUGGGCCCUGAAAUACCAUCCUUGUCUGUUUUCCAUUUGGCUCCACUGUCCUGCUGCACAACCCAACAGUGCUGAUGUGAUCAAGCUUGGGAGGGGAGUCCUGCCUUCUAAAAUCAAAUUCCUGUGACCUUUGUCCUGAUUUUCUUCUUGCAUUCAGAGGCUAAAAGCAGAGGACUUUGCUAUCAGAAAGUGCCCACUUUGGAAGAAACUGGUUAUUGGACACUUUCCCUGCCCCCAGCAAAGAACUUGCUCUAAGUUAAAGUAGUUCGUACUUUUCAGAUACACAUAUCAAACCUUACAAGCCUUGCUUCCUUGGCUGUCUGUUUAAUGACAUUUGUAAAGUACUGUAUCCCCCAAUCCUUCUAUGAGGAACAUUUAUCUUUUCGAUAGGGCAGUGUCUUCUUGGUUUUAGCUUUGCUUUCUUGCUUUCUGAUUCCCCCUACUCACCCCAACCCCCAUAUAGGUGACAUAAGUCAUAUCAGAGAAUUUACUUUCUAUUUGUACCUUGUAAAUUAGAUUUGGGAGGUAGACUGAACCUGUUUUCAGUUAGCUGUAGUUCUUAGGGCUUGCUGCUGACCGAAGAAGGAAGGUUUGACCUCAUCGCCCCAUGAAGUCAUGAGGUUGGAAUAUUUUUUCCUGUUUGCACUAUUAAGAGAUUUAAUCCAUAAUAUUCUGCUGUGUUGUUAUGUCUACUGAAUCAAGUGGGUUUGCUCUCUCCAGGACCAGCUGUUCUUUGGAAAUGAAAGAGGAUUCCCCUACAGCAGGCAACAGCGGGCCAGUCACACCAUUUAAUCUUACCGCCCCAGGUCCACUGCUGGGGACACCAAAAGGCUUCUCUCAGACUUGAUCUGGAGACUUGAGAUGGCAGUUUUGGCAGAGUCAGUAAUGCAUUGGAAGUGGCCUGACCUCUUGCCAUUGGUGAUGAGAUGGUAAUUUUAUUCUCCUUUUCAAUGGCAAUAAGGAACCACCAUUAAACAUAUUGUUUAGUUUGUAUAGUUUUCAUAUGUAUAUUAUCUGUAAAAUACUUUCUUUUAAAAAUGAAUUAAGAUGGUAAAGUGUGUUUGUGCAUAUGUGAGUGUGUGAAUGUAUGCGCAUGUGUGCACGAGGCUGCUCAGCCCCUGUGAUUUCCCAUGGGAGGCUUUGGUAAAAUCUGAUUAAUCCUACAGAUUAUAGCAUACUGAGUGGGCAAGGUCCCUGAUCUGUCUUUAUUCAUGGAUGUGAUGGACCGAAUGUCUUGUAAGAGAAAAUUUGGCAGAAGUAUGCUUGAUUUCAGUGACAACUGAACAUAUAGUUUCCAAAAUUUAUGAUUUUAACAGGAAUCAUGUUCUAGUUCCCAACAUUUCGUGUUUCUUUAUAAAAUAAAGAAUAAAAGCUGUGCAAUUA